UAAAUAGUGACGGUUUAUGAAUGUCAAAAACAUUUCUCCUAAUUAAUUAAUUAAAAUAAUUUUCGAAAAUGGUGAUUGAUAAAAUUUUAUUAAUAUUAAUUAUAUUAAAUAUUAGUUUAAUUCAAACAAUUACAUGUAAUUCAACAUCUUCACUCGACCAAUCACAUCACAUAGAAUAUGGAACGAGACAAAUGAAUGAUUAUUUAUUAUAUCGUGGUAUUGUACGAAAACAAGCAUUUCCAUUAACAAUACGUACAAAAGAUAUUGGUUAUCCAACGAUAGCUGGAAAACGUAUGCAUGAAACAAUCACCUACAUUAAGGGUACAGAUCAAUAUCAAAAUGGUAAUGGUGGUUAUAUGUCAUUAAUUGAUGGUGGUGUUGGUGAAAAACAUGUUGUAUUACAUUUUAAAUCACAACGUGGACAUGGAUUUAAUUUUAUUUUUGAAAUUUAUGGACAAUAAUAUUAUUUUUAUUUAUUUAUUUUUUUAAUAAAUAAAGUGGUUUUGAACACUAAUAAAAUUCAGUUUUAUGAACUUUGUGGCUAUUCAUACGCUAACGUAAUAAUAUAUAAAGGGUACUUACAUAACGAAAAAUAAGUUUUAAUUUAAACAUUUUUUCCCAAAAAAUUCGGAGUUAGUUG